AUGUCCCACCGUGGCCGUUCCUGCUCCCCGCAUGGUGGGGACGACUCUGUAGUCGUCCACAACAAGCGGGGCUACGCGGACAUAGACACGUACGACGCGCCCGGAGGGGGAGGGUCGGGAGGCAGUAGCCACUUCAGUGGAUACUCGCAGCCGGCGUUCCAGUCCUCCGGGCCGUCCUUCAACAACAACUUCGGGCCCAAAAAUUUCGGCCCCCCCGGCUCUAAUUACGGGCCCAACUACGGGCCCAACUACGGGCCAUCCGGCUUUGGACCGACCCCCGGCAACUAUCCGCCCCUGCACAUGGGGUCGGAUAAUAGCGGGUGGGAACGCGCCGCCAACGCCUAUCAAGAAUUGGCUGACGCCCGCCAGAAGCAGGCCCAGCUGUCGGCUGAGCUUGGUGAGGCCAACGCGAAGCAGCACGACCUGCGGGCGCGUAUACGCGACCGCGAUCGGCUGAUCGAGCAGGCCGAAGCCAAGAUUGCCGCCCUCACCAUAGAGCGCGAUGCCCUCCGGAGCGAACUCGAGAAGCCGUCGCGCGAACGUCGGGGCCCGCCGCCCCGCGGGUUCAUACCCCAAGGCCACGACAGCGGGUGGCCGGGCACAGGUUGGGGACGAGGGGCUCAGCCGCCUUUCGGCCACGGGCCCGUGCCCGCGCCUGCGCCCGUUCACACCCACGCCGCUGCGCAUGCGCCCGCGUCCGCUCACGCCCACGCCGCUGCGCCUGCGCCUGCGCACCCUGCGCACCCGGCCGCAAUCACGCCGGGACAGGCGCCCGCGAAUCCGACGGUGCCGGCGCCUCCUCUGCACGCACCCCUCGCUGCAUCCAUGCACGCGCCAGUUGGGCUUCAGCCUGCGCAGGAUGUCACCAUGACCGACGCAGCCGGUCCCGCUGCUCCUCCCGCAGGCAUUCCACCUGCUGGAGGGGCUCCCGACCCGAAUGCCGUCGGUCCGCCCGCCGCCACCACGAUGACGGUCAUCGAUGCUGACCUGGAAGCUGAGCUCCGCGCGCUGCCUCCCGGUAAACGGGAGAGUGCGGACUCUGCGCGCAUCAAGCAGUACCACGAAAAGCCGGCGCCGCGCCCUGAGUUCGCACCUCGCGAUACUCUGGGACGCUACCCGGAAGCCACCGCCAAUGCUGCCACCAUCUGGCGGUUUUUCCGGUCGGCGGCAGUGAAUGCCUGGCCCCAAGGCAUGCGUACGGCGUCCGGCGCUGCACCGGUGGGCGAUGGAUUCGCCAUCCCCCACCUGGGCGACUGCCGGGCGUUCUUCCUGCUGUGGCACCUCGUACUCCAGCGCCGUCGCAAGAACCCCCACCACUCCCACGACAUCCGCAUCCUCGAGAUCGUGGUCGAGCUUUUCUCCAUCCCCGGGUGGUACCGUCGCAUCGUCGAGAUCGGCGAGUACGUCGCUGUUCCCCAGGCCACCCCCAUCCGCUUCCCGUUCUCCGCCGACGACGCCUCCCCCAUCCACUUGGCCGCGUGGUUCUGUACCCACGGCUUAGGGCUGAACGACGAGAUCAUCCGUUCCAUCCAGCGCUGGGCUCUCGUCACCCGCAACGCGCGCGAGCACCGCGAGCCCCUUGACGACUCCCCCUGGGCCUCAUCCCCCUCAUCGCUCGAGGCCGUCACCACCCCUGCCGAAACCGCGCCCAUCGUCAAGUACGACGACCUGGCUUGGGGCGAGCGCCUCCUCGAAACUCACGAGUCCAAUCACGGAGACUUCGACGAGCUGGUAGACGCGGACGACAUCGACGACUAA